CAUAAUGAUCCAGAUAUCGGAAAAUGAUGUAGAAAUAUUUUUGUUGAUUUAUAUAUUUUAUAGAAAGUCCAAUGAGUUAAAGAGCUAUAACAUUCAUAUUUGAAUUAAUUUACAUUUCCUUAUGGUGGGAUGCUGAGACUCAUUCGAAACGGGUUGAACAAGAUGCCAGGACAAUUCAGAAGUUUUAUUUGGGACCCAAAACUGAUAAUUUCACAGAUAAUUGCACUUCAAUGCCUGUUUUAUGCCACAUACAUAGUCUUUAUUUAUCUUCUUGAUAUUGCUGGCCGCUUCGACGCAUCAUUAGACCAGAUUUUUACGCAGAUAGAUUUAGAUCUGUUUGAAGAUUCUGGAAGGGUAAAUGUAAUAGGCUUUUUUCUCAACAGUUUAACCAGUGCUGCUGGGUUAUGGUUUAUAGUUAAGAGAACAAAACUGUGUUUAGACUUUGCUUUUACUGUACAUUUUGUGCACUUUUGUUGUUGUUGGAUUUACAGUGGUCACAUUCCUCAAACUUUAUCAUGGUGGAUUAUAAAUGUUAUUGGACUAGCGUUAAUGACUGUUUGUGGAGAAUUUUUGUGCAUGAGAAGUGAAAUGAAAGCAAUUCCAUUAAUGGGACCGAAAACGGAUUUGUAAAUAAUUUGAAUAUUAUCAUUAUUGUAUUUAUUGCUUUUUAUUAUAUAAAACAUUACAAAUGUA